CAAGAUGAUUAAAUCACAACUCACUUCUGUUCUCUUUAUGUUUCUUUUUGCUCUUUCUCCUAUUUAUGGGGAUUUCGAGUUAUUGGAACUCGUUUCAACGUGGCCAGCAACUUUUUGCUACGCGUAUGGUUGCAAACGACCAAUUCCAAAUAAUUUUACGAUUCACGGGCUUUGGCCGGAUAACAAGUCCACAGUACUGAAUUUCUGCAAUUUAGUCCAUGAAGAUGAGUACAUUCCGAUCACGGAUCACAAGAUAUUAACUAAGCUGGACAAACGCUGGCCUCAACUCAGAUACGAUUAUUUGUAUGGCAUACGUAAACAAUAUCUCUGGAAAAAUGAAUUCGUAAAACAUGGAAGUUGUAGUAUAAAUCGCUACAAACAAGCAGCAUACUUUGAUUUAGCCAUGAAGAUAAAAGACAAGUUUGAUUUAUUGGGAACUCUUAGAAAUCAUGGAAUUAAUCCUGGUUCAACUUAUGAACUUGAUGAUAUCGAACGUGCUAUAAUGACAGUUUCUAUAGAGGUUCCUAGCCUCAAGUGCAUACAAAAGCCACUUGGAAAUGUGGAACUUAAUGAGAUUGGUAUAUGUCUAGACCCAGAAGCGAAAUAUAUGGUUCCCUGUCCACGAACUGGGUCAUGCCAUAAUAUGGGACAUAAAAUAAAGUUCCGAUGAUGAAUAAACUCUUUAAUUCACUUUCUUAUUUUGUUAUGAUAAGUAAAUUUAAAUGCAAAGUCUCCAGGCGAGAAGCCAAACGUUCCUCUGGCAGGUCACAAUGUUUAAUAUUAUGAGUAAAUUUCAUGUCAAUGCUCGAAUAGCAUUACUCAACUAAAUGAGAUUUGAAUAUGUUUAGAUCUAA